AUGUCUCUUCUUUCAAACUGGAGUGACAUUAAUUAUCGUAUUCAUUAUGAUUUUGCCUUUCUAGAUGCCGCCUCUGAAGGCACAGGAGUUGGUGGUGACGGGGGUAUCAAAGCAGGUCUAGAUGUUGGUAGUGGAGCAGGAAUCAAAGCAGAACUAGGUCUUGGUCGCGGAGCAGGAAUCAAAGCGGGUCUAGGUCUUGGUAGUGGAUCAGGAAUCAAAGCGGAACUAGGUCUUGGUCGUGGAGCAGGAAUCAAAGCGGGUCUAGGUCUUGGUAGUGGAGUAGGAAUCAAAGGAGGUUUAGUGAUUGGUGGUGACGGUUUACGAAAUGUACGCGAUAUUUUAUUAGCGAGACGAUUAGGCCGUUUACCGCGUGGUAUAAUCAGCUCCAAAAUAGGUGGAGGUAAAAUCCGUGGAGAAAUAAGUGGUGGUAGUGAAAGUUCAAGAACUAUUAAAAGAGAAGUAAUCAUAGAUCCAGGUCAAGAAGAUGUUAAAGAAACAACGCAACGCAAAAAAAUUGUCAAAACAAGAGAGAUCAAAGAAGUUCCAGUUGAAGAUGAAUCUUCCACAGAAACACGCAAAAGAACAAACAAGAAAACUAUUACUGAUGAUGAUAGUGACAGUGACAGUGGUUCAAGUUCUGAGACAAAGAAGACUGUGAAAAGAUCUGUUAUAUCUAGUGGCGAUUUCGGUGACGAGUCUUCGUGA